GGCUCCCUUUGGUUUGGCAGAAAGGCGAAACCGUAACCCUUGGUGCUCUGCGUUUCCGUCCCAUUCUGUUCUGCAACAACACGCGAUUCCCUCUCCGAGGAAAACCUAACCCUUGUUCUUCAUCUUAUCUUCUCUCGCGGUUCUUCUAGGGCUUGGAAUCCUGAACCGUUUUUUAUUAUCUUAAUGGAAAAUUAAAUUCUUUGCACGUUGGGUUUUGACCAUUCGGAUACCUGAGAUAUUAUUUUGUUUAUGUGGAUUUGUAAUGGGGUUCUGCGGUCGCCUAAUCAGGUUGUGUUCGUUGUUCCGGGCCAUGGAUCUAAUUUCGAGGCUGAAUUCAUUCGUCAAGAUCGGUUCGUGAAGAUUGCGGCCAUGGCGAUCUUUUGAAUCUCCAGACUUUGGAUGUCCAAUUACAGCUUCGUCUGGCUCCCCUUUCUCUGAAACGAAGGGUUUUUUGUUUCAUUCAUUUGGAUCUGCUUGAAAGUAUUGGACUCGCGACGAUCAGUUGAGUUUGGGUGCGGCGGAGAAUCUACCAACUUUUCGUUAGAGGCUUCGUCCGAUCUUCAAGAUUUGAAGAAUUCUUUUGGUAGAACAGCAUCAGAGGGAUUCGAGUAGAAAGUUUCUAAUUUUCACAAAUUCGAGUUCUUGGAGGACGAACCUUCCACUUUGAAUAGAUCUUGUGUGUUCGUGCGAUCGUUGUUUGUCUUAUAGAAGACAACCGGAAGGAGAUAAUUACUUGUACUCAUUAUCUGUUUUUAUUUUUUGAGUUUAAGAUCAGGCCUUUUUUAUUUUACGGCCUUUGAAUUUCUUCCCCUCCUCUUUGGCCAAUUUCUUUUUCUCGAUUUCUCUUACGUUUAUAGAAGAGUGAAAAGAAAAGGAAUAUGGCUGUGUAUUAUAAGUUUAAAAGUGCAAAAGAUUACGACUCUAUUCCUAUCGACGGUCAUUUCAUAUCAGUUGCGAAUUUGAAAGAAAAAAUAUUUGAAUCCAAGCAUUUGGGCAGGGGCACUGAUUUUGACCUCAUGGUCUCCAACGCUCAAACCAAUGAAGACUACCUUGAUGAAGACAUGUUGAUACCCAAAAAUACCUCUGUUUUAGUACGUCGAGUACCUGGACGGCCGCGCAUGCCCAUUGUUCCUGAGCAGGAUGAGCAGAAAGUAGUAGAGAAUAAGGUAGAGGAUGCUCCACCAGCAAACAGUAGCUUCCCUAUUGCAGAUUCACCUGCUUUGAGAUUUCCUGAGGAGUCGGAAUGGGAUGAAUUUGGUAAUGAUUUGUAUGCCAUUCCUGAAGUGCCACCAGUUCAAUCGAGCAAUCUGGUGCAGGAUGCUCCUGCUCCCAAUAAAGUUGAUGAGGAUAGCAAGAUCAAAGCUUUAAUUGACACGCCAGCCUUGGACUGGCAGCGGCAAACCCAAGAGGGUUUUGGCCCUGGUAGAGGAUUUGGGAGGGGUAUGGGUGGACGAAUGAUGGGUGGCCGGGGUUUUGCUUGCUUUUUGCAAGGUCGUGGUGGGUUGGAGCGAAAGACACCUCCUGCUGGUUAUAUCUGUCACAGAUGCAAGGUGCCGGGUCAUUUUAUUCAGCACUGCCCUACAAAUGGUGAUCCUAAUUAUGAUAUUAAAAGAGUAAAACCUCCAACUGGUAUUCCAAAAUCAAUGUUAAUGGCAACCCCAGAGGGUUCUUAUGCAUUGCCAAGUGGUGCAGUUGCUGUUUUGAAGCCAAAUGAGGCUGCAUUUGAGAAGGAAAUUGAAGGGUUACCCACCACUCGACCAAUCAGUGAUCUUCCACCAGAUCUCCGCUGCCCAUUAUGCAAGGAAGUAAUGAAAGAUGCUGUACUAACAAGCAAGUGCUGUUUUAAGAGUUUUUGUGAUAAAUGCAUCAGGGACCACAUUAUUUCGAAGCCAAUGUGUGUUUGUGGGGCCACCAACAUACUUGCAGAUGAUCUUCUGCCUAAUAAGACACUUAGGGACACUAUCAACCGCAUUUUGGAGUCGAAUAACAGUAGCACAGAAAAUGCAGGAAGCAUGUUGCAAGUUCAAGAUAUGGAGUCUGCUCGCAUCCCACAACCAAAAGCCCCAUCACCCACUCUUUCUGCGACUUCCAAGGGAGUGAACAUUCCACCACCACAAAAAUAUGACACUCCAGAUACCAAGGAGAUAGAAAAUGAAGGAAAAGCAGUUGUUAAUGUUCCACAACAGUCCAUAGAGAAAGGAAAGACUGUAAAAACUGUUGAUGUAUCAGAAGCCACACAUGAGUCAAUAAGUAUGAAGGAACCAACAUCUCAGGGAAGUGCUCCACUUGUUGAGGAGGAAGUUCAACAGAAGAUGCCUACUGGUGAGCCAGGAAAGAAAAAGAAGAAGAAGAAAGUCCGUUUACCUCUAAAUGCUGCAGACAUGCAGUGGAGAGCCUCUCAGGAUCUUGCAGCUGAAAGCUAUAUGAUGCCUCUUGGACCUUCAACCUAUAACCCAUAUUGGACUGGUCUACCUCUUGGGAUGGAUGGAUAUGUGGCUCCUUAUGCUAGUACUAUGCCAUAUAUGGGCUACACCCCUGGUCCAUUUGAUGUUCCCUUUGGAGGAAUGCUGCCACAAGAUCCAUUUCUAGGAGGACAGGGAUAUAUGUUGCCUGUUGUACCACCUCAGAGGGACCUCGCAGAAUUUGCUAUGGGCUCAACUCCUGCACCCCCAGUCAUGAGCAGAGAGGAAUUUGAGGCUCGGAAGGCUGACCUAAGGAGAAAGCGUGAAAUUGAACGACGUGGUGAAAGCAGGGAGUGUUCCAAGGAACGUGAAGUUGGUAGAGAAGUGAGCAACAGUGGUGAUGUUUCUUCAAUGAAACCCAAACCUAAGUUGACUUCUCAAUCGCUGAGCCCGGACCGGGAUCGCCAUCACCACUACCAACACCGCCGAUCGGAGAAGGCGUCAAGUCCGGAACGUUCCUCACGGGAGAUCGAGUCAGCUCGAUUGGGGAAGAGGAGUCGAGCUGAUGAUUAUCACCACCACCGUCAUCAUCACGAUGAAGCCACUCCAGCGGCAGUUACAACCGAAUCGGUCAAGGCGGCAGCCGCGGGGGCGGACAGGAAACAGAAAGGCAGCGUCUUCUCCCGUAUCAGCUUCCCUGAUGAGGGAGGAAGUAAGAAGAGGAAAUUGUCGUCUUCUACGACGGAGAAAAGCGAAAAUCUCUCCAACGGGUACAAGGACUAUGAGCCUCCUGCUUCCUCCACUCAUCACAGGUCCUCGUCGAAUGGCUACCGUGAUGACUGGAAACCACCGGUCAAGGCAACUUCUGUAUCAAGUGUGGGAGGGGCUCGAAGAAGCAGCAGCGUAAUCGAUCACGACUCCAGUGACGAAGACCGGCACUUCAAGAGAAAACCUUCACGAUACGAGCCGCCACCGCCACCCCCUUCGGACGAGUGGGAAGAGGAAAUCCGACCUUCGAGGAGCUCAAGAGAUCGGGAUCGUGGGAAAGACCAUGACCGGGAGUACGAACGAGAACGCGGCUACAGCAAGCACAGUAGAUAGAUUGACGGUUGACGGCAAGGAAUGCACUGCACUGUCCGCCAUCAGUUCUGUCAUCUCCUCUCGAAAAUUCCAUAAACGAUACCCAAAUGUGGCGGAGUGGAAAUGUGGGGGAGAAGAUAAGAAAGUCUCUCUCUCUCUCUCUCUGUGUGUGUAAAUGAUUUGUAAUAAUCUUGAUAGACGGAAGAUGCAGAACGCUUCCUUCCUGUCGCUGUUACUUAUCUCAAUGAUAAUAGUACAAUCUUUCCCAAAAUGUUGUGUCUCGA